AUGAGUCGCGGUCCAGUAUGGCUCGAUAGCACAGCGUACCCCCACCUCAUCGAGCGGAUUAUCGCACUUGCUCCGUCCGUGACCGCGCUCGUCGCCUGGCGGCAAACGUGCUGGCGAUACCACGCCGUGGCCGACCGAUACCUGUUCGCGCACGCCGUCCUGCAGCGCCAGUACCUCUUCCCCCUGAAACCAGUCGCGAAGCUCCUCACGCGGAUGCGUAGGCAGGUAGUCGUGAAGCUCGAUAAGCGGUACGACAAGUACCGCACCUACUCGGGCUUCGUGCUCCUCCUGCCGCCCGACUCACGGCUGGAGCUCGACCGCCCCCUGCCCUUCUACCCCUGGAAGGCGCGCGUCCUCGACAUCGAAGCAGGGGGCGACUACGUGCCAUGGGACUUUGUCCGCCGCGGGAUGUGGGACAAUGUCACCAUGACGGAGGACAAGGCGCCGCCGUACGUCCCCGACGUGCUCCGUCGCCUGGGCUCGUGCGCGUCCGACGGGUGGGCCUCGGUGCGCGACACGGCAGUCGACUGGGUCACGGCCGGCCAGCCGGAGGGCGAGUGCAGCAUCUACCUGCCCAGCAGUACUCCGCGGUACAUCCUCCACCUGGCCGCUCCGCCAGGCGCCAGCGGCCGGUUGACCAUCUGGCCCCCGACCCAGCGGAUCGGCGAGGUGGUAAUCGUGCUCGCCGGCCCUGUUGGCGCGCCGGUAGUCGCGCAGGUCGUGGCGGGGAUGAUGCGCAUGCUCGUCCGUGAGGCGGGGCACCCGACGGCCCUCACGAUUGUCGGGGUCGAGAGCGACACAGAGGCGUUCCGUGCCGCCCUGACCACCGAGGUGCUUGCACUCGGCGGGUAUGCUGGUCCUGGGGUUUCAUCAUACGCGGACGUCGCGCCCGACGAGGCGAGCGUGCGGCAUGCCAUCGGCGCGAUUAGCUUUGUCCCCCGCGCCGAGUAG